AAACAGCUGUGGCCAUUGUCUGUUAACUUGCUUAGUCUAUUUAUUUAUUUAAUCAAAUACCAUGUCGAAGAUUUCAACUGUGGCACCACCUCCUCCCCCACCGCCCAUGAUAGUCACUCCUAGCACACCUUCUACAACAAAGGAACGUCCAGUUGCAGACAGUAUAACCACCGAUGAGUGCAGUUGGGCAUGUGAGUAUCCUGAGGUGCAGAAAGGAUGCUAUUUAAGUCGCGUCUGCCAAUAUACACCACCGAAACACUGUCAAUACUACUCCAUAAACAGCAUAGUGCAGGUGGGACCUACUUGUGGCUUAGUGGCCCUAAGCAUGUUGCUCGGUGGCAGUCCCACGGCAGAUGAUCUCCUAAAGGAUGCAAUUUACCAGGAGUAUACCCUUAAUGGUGAACUAUUUAGUGCUCAAUAUUUGUUUGAACUGACCCGGAAGCAUAUGCCAGGACCUGCUGCGUGCCAGUUGCAUGUAGGUCCUCUGGACUGCAAAAAAGUUAAGGAACUUUUAAAGGCCGGAGGCUGCCUACUAGUGCCCUACGAUGCCGAUGUAAACCAUGCGCCAUGCGUUAAAAAUGGACACCGAGCCCAUUGGGCUUUGAUUGUGGGUUACCUGGUGGACCCACAGGACCGGUUUUAUGUCCUGGCUCGUCAUGGUAAAUCUCGUAACCUAGCCGUUUGGCCAAUGGACACGCUCAGCCACAGCAACGAAAAUUUAAAAGAGUUUGCCCAACCCAAGGGCUACCCAGAUGAUGAGUUUCUGCUGCCACCGGGUGGAAUAAGCGGAUCUCUGGGCCUCAACGAGCGCUGCAUUCUUGUCAACGGCCUGCCAAAGCAGGUGAUUCAUGUUCACUGGUCCUAGAUAUAUGUGCAUCGAAAUAUUUUCAAUAAAAAAACCUUUAUAAUUUCGUAGUUAACUUUAA